AUGCAAUCAACAUUCUCAGUCCCAAAUGCAAGGUUCAUAUCUAUGUGCAUCCAUGGCUCUUGUAAUAUGAUCUCCUUGAUAGGCAGUCGCACUGCAGUCGUUAUUUCAUACGAUACCAGGUUGAAUGCAGUUCAAAGAAUCAUUGAUGAGCAUCCAAAUGAAAGUUUCAUAUGCUGCGAGUUCCUUGUGUUCAAGAAACAACUCUUCUUGGCAAUUGCUGGAAAACUAGGUAUUAUAAAAUUCCUGAACCUAUCAGAAGGCACAUUUGAAUCACACAUUAAUGCCCAUGGUGCAUCAAUAGUCUCGAUCAAAUGCAUCAGAAAUCAGUAUCUAUUCAGCUGUAGUGAAGACACAACCAUAAAAAUGUGGGACAUAAACAAAUUGAACCUUAUAUGCACUUUUGGUGGAUACAUGGGUCACAAAGACUAUGUGCUAUCUAUUGAUGUAAGUGCUGACAUACAGUACUUGGUAUCUGCUGGUACAGAUUGCACAAUUAGAAUCUGGAGAAUCCCUCCGCAUUAUGAUUGUAAAGGCCUGAUCACGCCCUUAUGUACAAUUCAUAACACUCAUGGUUCUUUUAUCUCAUGUGUAAGGUUCUACGGUCGCUUGAUUGUUUUUUGUUCAGCACCAAACAUAAUUUCAACCAUUCUUCCAACACACGGACAUGAUGAAAGUAAUCCACAUGUACAUACUACAUCUACCUAUGAUAUCAAAGUUGAUGAUCAAAUCCUACGAGGAUUUAAAAUACACAAUGGCAUGCUUUUUACAAUCACUGCUUCAAAACAAAUCCUUGCGUUUAGUAUGCAAAUCACAGGCCCACAUGCUAUUCCAAAAGUGGUCAGCACAUUCACUCAAGGUACCAUAAAAGACUUCUGUAUUGCAAAUAAUAGAAUGUUUAUUCUGUUUGAUGGCUCAUCAGUCACUGCUAUUGAUCUUUCAAGAUAUGUGUAA